GAUGUAUAACCUGAUGAUGUUAGCGCUGUUAGCCUUCGAGGUGACCAUUUACAGACACCAGGAGCUCCACCGUCUCAACCAUAACAAAGUCCCGCCCCCCACCAGAACGCUGUUUCAUGACAUCACCAGGCGUCACCUAGACGACAGCGUGCUGUGCUGUGUUAAGUACUUCCUCAACUACUUCUUCUACAAGUUUGGACUGGAGACCUGCUUCCUUUUGGCCGUGAACGUGAUUGGACAGCGGAUGGAUCUGUUUGCUGUUGGCCACGCCUGCGGCCUCAUCACCAUCCUAUCACGGCGCAGCAGGAAGCGCAUUGCGUCAGUGUGGCCCAAGUACUGCUACUUCCUGUCGGGGCUGUUGUGUUUCCAGUACCUGUUGUGUAUCGGAUUCCCUCCAGCUGCCUGUAAAGAUUAUCCCUGGAGACCUCCGUCCUCCAACAUGGACUCCAAUGUCGUGAAGUGGCUCUUCCUCCCUGAUCACCUGACACCCCCCAACCCCCUCUUCCUCCUCUAUGACUUCCUUCUCCUCCUCGGCGCCUCUCUGCAGCUGCAGGUGUUUGAGGAGGAGCUUCAGCCGUCGGUCCAGAUCCUUGCAGGAGACAACAGUGAGCUGGACGAAGAUGACGGACAGGUCUCUGGUCCCAUCAGACGACUCCGUCUCAGCGCGGUCCCUGACUUCAUGAUGUGCAGGUCUUACCUGGACAUGAUGAAGGUGAUCAUCUUCAGCUACAUGUUCUGGUUCGUCCUCACCAUAAUCUUCAUCACCGGGACGACCAGGAUCAGUAUCUUCUGCAUGGGCUACCUGGUGGCCUGUUUCUACUUCCUGUUGGUGGGCGGAGAGCUGCUGCUGAAGCCAGCCAAAUCCAUCCUGGUGUACUGGGACUGUCUGAUUGGCUACAACGUGUUCGUCAUCACCAUGAAGAAUAUUCUUUCGAUCCUGGCCUGCGGGUUCAUUAAGUCCCUGGUGCUGAAUCACUGUUGGCUCAUUCAGCUCUUCAGUCUGGCCUGCACCAUCAAAGGAUACACCAAACGUACGUCUACCUGUCUACCCGACAGUGUUCUGGGAGAAGUGGUGCAUUAUGGGAGACUGACUUCCUACAGUCCAGCUGUGUUCUCUGAUCUUUCAGAUGACUUCCUUCUCCUCCUCGGCGCCUCUCUGCAGCUGCAGGUGUUUGAGGAGGAGCUUCAGCCGUCGGUCCAGAUCCUUGCAGGAGACAACAGUGAGCUGGACGAAGAUGACGGACAGGUCUCUGGUCCCAUCAGACGACUCCGUCUCAGCGCGGUCCCUGACUUCAUGAUGUGCAGGUCUUACCUGGACAUGAUGAAGGUGAUCAUCUUCAGCUACAUGUUCUGGUUCGUCCUCACCAUAAUCUUCAUCACCGGGACGACCAGGAUCAGUAUCUUCUGCAUGGGCUACCUGGUGGCCUGUUUCUACUUCCUGUUGGUGGGCGGAGAGCUGCUGCUGAAGCCAGCCAAAUCCAUCCUGGUGUACUGGGACUGUCUGAUUGGCUACAACGUGUUCGUCAUCACCAUGAAGAAUAUUCUUUCGAUCCUGGCCUGCGGGUUCAUUAAGUCCCUGGUGCUGAAUCACUGUUGGCUCAUUCAGCUCUUCAGUCUGGCCUGCACCAUCAAAGGAUACACCAAACCGGAGCAGCAGAGUAGUAAACAGUGUGAGUUGCCGAGUGACGAGGCGGGGAUCAUCUGGGACGGCGUGUGUUUCUGUUUCCUGUUGCUGCAGAGGAGAGUCUUCAGGAGUCACUACUUCCUGUAUGUGGUACUGGACCUGCAAAAUACACAACUGCUGGCCUCCAGAGGGGCGGAGCUCUUCGAGGCGUCCACAGUGAAAGCUGUCAGAGCGAGACUGGAGGUGGAGAAGACAUCCAUGGACCUGCUGAAGAGACAGAUGGAGAGGAUUAAAACUCGACAGCAGAAGUUCCGCAGAGGAAAAGAGAAGAUGUUGAGCUGGAAACGAGACAGCGUUCAAACUGAUGGUCAGGAAAACAAGAAGGGGCAGCGACAGAAGGAGUGGUGGAGACCAUGGGUAAACCACGCCUCAAUGGUGAGAAGUGGUGACUACUACCUGUUUGAGACAGACAGUGAGGAGGAGGAUGAGGAGAAGGAGGAGGAAGAGGAGAAGAAGGAGGAGCUACCUGAGAAAUCAGCCUUCCAAUUUGUCUACCAUGCAUGGAUAACAGACUCCAGAACAGCAAUGCGAACUCGCAACAACCAGAAGAAACUCUGGAAAAAAAACUCCUCAGAGCGAAGGGGCAGGAAGGAGGAGCAGAAAGGAGUUGAGAGAGUUUUGGUAAGUCACGGCACCACAUGGCCGCUUUGUUUACACCCGGGACCAGCUGAUCGCGCUGAAGCCGACCCGCAUGGCGCCCAGGCUCACAGACAUCCCCACCGAGAUCAGGAGGAGGACACACAGAGGAUGCAGAGGAGGAACCAAACGGCGAGGGAAGAGAGAGGGGGAUUGCACAACAAACCGUGGGUAACAAAGGACAUCAAGGAUAUCCUGAACACUAAGAGGAGGGCUUUCAGAGAUGGUAAUAGGGAGGAGGUGAGGGCCAUUCAGGGGGACCUGAAGGUAAAGAUCAGGGAGCCCGAUGAGCCCUACCAGCCCCGACUGGGAGUUGAGGACGGAGGACUCAACAAACUGAUCCAAGCAGCUGGAGUUAUAGAAGCGACGGAGGAGAAAGAGGAAGACGGAGAGGAGGAGGAGAAAGAGGAGGGACCAGAAACCGUGUUGCGCCGGUUCUCCAACACGUUGCGGUUCUGUUGGGUCCUACUGUCGGCUCUGCUGGACUCUCUGACUGCCUGGCUCAGAGGCCUGUGUCAGGAACACAUUGACAUAUCGACCGUGCUCCGCAUAGAGCACUGCAUGCUCACGCUGCAGGCCAAGCAGUGUGUUUUUUUGUUCGUUCAGGGUAAUGUUCCCACCAGAGAGGCAAUCCAUGUUUACUAUCAAGAACAGAUGAUGAAAACCUCCACAGAGUCAGGCCUGGACUACAGUACCCAUGAGGCCGAGGGGCAGACCUCAGCAGAGAGGAGAAUGGUGGAGGUAGAAGAGGAAGAGGGUGUGAGUCCUGAAAUAGAUGAAGAAGAAGCAGGAGGUCAAACAGCCGAGGAGAAACCAGAGACUAAACCAGGAGAUUAUCCAACAUCAGGAAGAGGUCCACUUGAGCUAGAACCAUCUGGAGCAGAUUGUCCUGAUGAAACAGAACCAGUAUCAAGAAGAGAAACAGAAAUAAAAACUGUUCCAGGAGAGCCAUCUGAAACAGAACUAGAAUCAGCAUCAGGAGGAGAUGUCUCAGCUGAACUAGUGUCAGCAGAGGAAACUUCAAGGGUAGCAGAGGCUCCAUCCUUAGGAGGUAAACCAGAGGCAGUAACAGCAGAAGGUGACCCACUAGUGGAAAGUGAAGAUUACCCAGAAUGCCUGGUGGCAAAAACCAGCCAAAGAUUGCGACCCAAACUGUCCAGGAUGGAGAUCGUCCAGUCUUCAUCCUCUUUGUCCUCAGAGGAGGAAAGCACCAGUCGGACUAACAGGUGCGAAGAACCAAACCAGCAAUUUCUUGUCGACACGCAGCCGAUGAACACCAUCACCAAUGCCUCCUCCCCCACCUCGCUCUCCUCUCCCCUCCUCCCCCCCUCGUACAGCCUCGCUCUGGGCCUGGACCUGCACGAAGAGGAGGCAGGGGGAGCAGGGGAACACAGCGGCAGCAGUCAGUUGCUGGUUCAGACUCUGUGGGAAAGGAGGGACUUCCUGUCUGACUCGGUCUCCACUUCCUGUCUGCUGGCGUCUCGCACUCAGGAGCUGACAGCCAGCGAGCUGCUCAGGAACAGGACUUUCUACGAUGAGGAGCUGGAGGCAUCAGACCAGUUCUACGCCAACCAACACCAGCUGCUCCAGCUGUGCUACGCCCUCUACAACAUCCUGGCAGCCAGGUCGGAGACGGUGUGUUACCUGGUCAUCGUGUUGAACCACAUCGUGUCUGCCAGCUGUCUGACGCUGGUGCUUCCUGUUCUGGUGUUUCUCUGGGCGACGCUGUCCGUCCCUCGACCCAGUAAGACCUUCUGGAUGACGGCCAUCAUCUACACCGAGGUUGCCAUAGUCAUCAAAUAUUUCUUCCAGUUCGGUUUCUUUCCGUUCAACCAGAAACUGGAGGUGGACCGCUCCAAACCAUUCCACCCUCCGAACAUCCUGGGGGUGGAGAAGAAGGAAGGCUACGUCCUGUAUGACCUGCUGCAGCUGCUUGCUUUGUUCUAUCACCGAGCCAUACUCAAGUGCCACGGACUGUGGGACCAGACUGUGCCCACGGAGGCCGACACUCUCCGUCACCCCUCCACCCACCGCGCCACCUUCAUUGAACCUGAUGACCCCAUCAACACACUGCGGCGCCGUGGGAGGAGAAGGACGCGCUCCAGCUCCACACAGCAGCGCUCUCCUGCAGGCAGCGUGAGCUCCAGACAUCAGCAGCCCAGCAGGUUGGAUCUGCUGCUGGAGAAGCUCAGAGAAGUUUCCAUCAGAGCCAGGAAGUACUCUGUUAGCAGGUGUAUGUCUCUUUACCGGCCAGCCCUUCAGUUCUUCAGAGCUCUCGUCCAACCAGAAUACAGCGCUGUCACUGAUGUUUAUGUCCUCAUGUUCCUCGCCGACACCGUCGACUUCAUCAUCAUCGUCUUUGGCUUCUGGGCCUUUGGAAAACACUCUGCAGCUGCUGACAUCACUUCCUCCCUGUCAGAAGACCAAGUUCCUGAAGCUUUCCUGGUGAUGGUUCUGAUCCAGUUUGGUACCAUGGUGAUAGACCGGGCUCUGUACUUGAGGAAGACCGUUUUGGGGAAGUUGGUCUUCCAGGUGAUUUUGGUUUUUGGGAUUCACUUCUGGAUGUUCUUCAUUCUGCCGACGGUCACAGAGAGGCGGUUCAAUCAGAAUCUGGUGGCUCAGCUCUGGUAUUUUGUCAAGUGUGUUUACUUUGGUCUGUCAGCCUAUCAGAUUCGAUCUGGUUACCCGACACGAGUUCUUGGAAACUUCCUGACGAAGAGCUACAACUACCUCAACCUCUUCCUGUUCCAGGGAUGUGUUCCUGAUGUUUUUGUUGUCAGCUGCAGUAGGAGCAGUAGUAUUAGUAGUACCAUAACUGUGACCUGCUGUUGUUGUUCACAGCCAAUCUUCACGAUGAGUGCGCAGCAGAAUCAACUCAAAGAUCUGACAGAGAAAGACUUCAGCUCUUUCACUAGCUCCUACAGCUACACACCUAGUGCCUUGCAGUUCCUGGAGGCGUACAGUCAUGAGGACGUGACUGUGGCGGAGCUGCAGGGCAGCAGUAACUCUCUGUGGACCAUCAGUCCUCCCAGCAGGCAGUACCUGAGUCAGGUGCUCAGCCUUGACCACUUCCCCCUGACUUUGUCCUGGAAUGUUCAGAGGAACUUGAGUCUGGGGGCGAAGGCUGAGCUUGCAUCAGGUAAACAUGUGACCUACCUGGAUGACCAGACUCGCCUGGAGCUGAUCCAGCUUCUGAAUGGAACCAGGACACUUCCUGUGGUGAUACAGGAAGUGUUGCCAUGUUUCAUUCGAGCUCCCAGCGACUCCAACGCCAAACCCAUCGAACAGCUUUACACAGACGGCCGCUACAAGGACAUCCUGCUGGCCCUGGAGCGGUCGACCAAUCAGAGCCAUGAGAUCCAGGAGUGGUGGAUCGUCGAUCAACCGGCUGCCAGCCUGGUGCCAGUUGGGGGCAGAGCUUCGCUGAGUGACAGGACGGAGGCAGGGCUCCAGCUGUUUGUGUUCAGUGAUAAAGUCAGUCCUCCGAGUCUGGGCUUCCUUGCUGGAUAUGGCAUCAUGGGAUUGUACGCCUCGGUGGUGUUGGUGAUUGGGAAGUUUGUCAGAGAGUUCUUCAGUGGGAUCAGUCACUCCAUCAUGUUCGAGGAGCUGCCCUGUGUCGACCGCAUCCUCAAACUCUGCACCGACAUCUUCUUGGUGAGAGAGACAGGUGAGCUGGAGCUGGAGGAAGAGCUUUACGCCAAGCUGAUCUUCCUCUAUCGAUCACCGGAGACUCUGAUCAAAUGGACCCGACGCUGACCUACUCCAUCAACAUAGUACUGAUUAUAAACAUUAGCUAAUAUGACCUGCAGUGACAUCACAGACUGUGACAUCAUCAGCGUCUGUGUUUGUGGAGAACAUGACCAUGGAGAGAAAGUUCUCCAGAUGUUCCUGUUAGAUCGAAGGAACUGAGCUGGACUAAAAAACUGGAAGAUUAACUGAAUUUUAUUUUGAAGCUUUGAAUGAACGAGAAGCUUGAGGAACGUUACCUGUUUACUGUGUGACCAAUAGGAAUAGAGCUAACCAGACAGUGUUAUGGGAAUAUUAAGUAUUGAUUAUUGAUAAUCAGUAACUGCAGGGAUAUUUCACAUCCUGGAAAACCUGGAAUUAUUUAAUGCAGCUUUUCAGUUGUUGUCCUGGAAAGGUCUCUGAACUCUGAACGCUCCUUCAGAUAGACAGCGAUGAUGUUUGGUGAAAGCACCAAUCAGUGAUCCAAAUGUAAACCAAAGCCCCACCCACUUCCCAAACUCAAACCACAUGAUUGGAUGCUGCCGCUGUCACUCCCACCGGCAGGUGUUUAAAUACAGGGACUAACAACAACUAAAUGUGAGUCAUUAAUGUGUGACAAACUCAUUUUUCAGGACAUUUUCAAUGACUUCCUGUUUGAGGAUUGAUAGAGUGAACACUUCUUCUGUUUUGAUUAACAGCGUUAGGGUUAAUCAAGUCUCUGCACAGCUGUUUUCACUUAUUUGUAUUUAUUUUACUUCACUAGCUUCAGCAUUCUGUUAGCACUGUAGCCAAAGCUUCACAGUAGCUUUAAGGCUCUAUAUUAGCUCUAUGUUUUGUGUAAUUAGUUCUAUAUUAGCUUUAUGUUAGCUGUACUUGGCUCAAAGUUAGCUCUACUUUAGCUUUAUGCUAACACUACAUUGUUGUCAGUUUCCACUACAGGAACUUUCCCAGGGAACCAAUAGCCUGUUGAUAGCAGUGGGUGGAUCCACACCUAAAACACUGCUAAACAUCGAUACUAGAAUACUGGUACUAUGUACUUCAAGCUAACUACGUUGCUACCUGUACUGUUAACAAAUGUACUGCAUUGAGAAUAAAGUUAUUAUGGCAUACCAAUUUCAAGCUGAUUUGCCAAACUCAGGGGAACAGCAAGAACAUCUGUUCUUUCAGUGCCGAUAACAUGAGAUUACAUAAUCAUCUGGCUAAGCCAAUCAGAGGCAGAGUAGGGUGGGUCAUGCCUUCACCACAGUAGGGCUCCGUUGGAAAAGUCUUUUUUGCUCAGGAAGGUUCUGACUGAGUGGAGUGAUCUAGUAGUGGCAGCCAUGAUAAUCGCAGGGUACACCGGACCAUCCUUUACCAAAGGAAAGGAGAGACUGCCGUCCCACAAUUCCUUGCGGCGGUAACAUUUAAAGCGACGGACGUUCUCAAACUCAAACAUAAAAUUCAUUGACCACAUUUAGCAAAGUACUUACAACGCAGACACACAUUAUGAUCCUUGAGUAAGACUCACAGUUUCCUUCUUUCUUUGGUUUGUUUUCUUUUGGCUUUGCUGUAAUCUGAUGCUGUUUCAACACCAGUUUAUGUUUUGGAUUGGAAAGUGUUAAAAAAAAAGAAAUCAUGGACUAUAAUGGAUAAAGGAAGUCAAUCACUGUGUGAGUUACCAUUGGCUGUUGAAAGCCUUUUCUCUCUUAUGUCAUAAUUUGCUAAUAUGCAUAGGCCUGUGUCUUGUGCUUUCACAGUUAUUUUUGGCUAAUGUAGUGGCAACCUUCAGCAAGAUCAUUAAUAAUUUUACUGCAGAUGCUAUUUACUCAGCACCUCCUCUCUCUCGGUCGCGCUCUCUCUCGCUCUCUCUCGCUCUCUCUCGCAAAUAUAUUGACAACAGACCCGUGGGAAUUGAAUGGUUAUCAUGAACACCGCUGCAGAAAUCUGUCUAACAGAAUGCUGUCAAUGUCGUAGACCCACCUUCAAAAUUAGCUUUUAGUUAUUAGCAAGUAGCCUAGCUAAUAAGGACAGCUAUGUUAAUGUUAGAAAGUGACAGAAGUGAACUACAUCAUGUUCAGCUACUACUUUACCUCUACAUUAGUAAGAUUAGCUCUAUGUUAGCUUUAUGUCAGUAAUUUGGUAGCACUACUUUAUAGCUCCAAGUAAGAUUAGCUGUAGAUUAGCUGUAGAUUAUCUUUAUGUCAGUUAUUUGGUAGCACUAUUUUACAUCUACAUUAGCUUUAAGUAAGAUUGGCUCUAUGUUAGCUUUGUUAGCUUUAUGUCAGUUAUUUAGUAGCACUAUUUUACAUCUACAUUAGCUUUAAGUAAGAUUAGCUGUAGAUUAGCUCUAUGUUAGUUGUGUGUUAUUGCAAUGCCAGCUAUAAAUUGCUUAGCUGUGCAUUAGCUUAAUGUUAGCUGUAGGUCAGCUCUACAUUUUGUAAGGUCUACCUAAGGUAUGAUGUUCCUUUAUUGAUCCCCCAUAGAGGAAAUUCAGAUUGGGAAUGUAGUGUUAACAGUAAAAGAAAGAAUUAAAUAUAAUGAAAGUAGAAACAAUCAAAUCAGAGUCAAAUGUAUAAAAUAACACAUUAUAUUCAAUGGAAAUAGAAUAUGGUGACCUUGUGUAAAAGCUGUACAUUAGCUUAAUGUCAGCUCUAGUUCAGCUCCAUUUCAGUUAUCUCUACAUUUCAUUCUGACCCAGUAAACAUUGGGUGGAAGGUGAACAGUGCUAAGCUAACUCCACAGGUCCAUUGAGUUAACCCUCACAGGUACAACAAAGCUAACAGGAGAGCGGGCUGUAAAUCAGUGUCAGUGUGGGCAGACCACCAGGCAGAAUAAAUAAGUGAAAACAGCUGUUCAGUCUCAACAUGACAAUAGACUUAGUCCACAAUGCCCUCUGGUGCCAGAGAACUGGAAGUAAAUGUAACAGAAUAAAUGUAGAAUAACCAUUGGUCGUGUUGGUGUUUGGCAGUUUUGCAGUGAUUUUUUUUGUUUACAUCACUUUAUCUGACUUAUAACUGUGAACUGUAAACUCAGUGUCUCCUGUGAAUGAUAUGAAAUAAAUAUGUGAAAAUAAAUGUAA